UUGAUAUUUUACAAAUUUUAGUACUCGAACUAUCAACUUGUAAUGUGCGUCUGAAUAUGCUAUAUAAUACAUAAUUGUAAGAGAAGCAACAAAAUGAUGGUAUAAAUAGGUACAUAGAGAGAAGUUGGUACAAUUGUAUCUUAUUUUUCCAAGAAUGGUGAGGACAAUGACAAGCUUCAAGAUACUGUUUGCAUGUUUGGUGUUAAUUAGUUUCCUGGAUCCUUUAGUUCACACGGUGUCUGCUCAAGAAUGUACAACACCGAACAAUCAAACAGGCAACUGCCUCAACAUUAAAAGAUGUAAGCCUCUGCAAGAAAUACUGCAGACACAGGGCCAUACAGCUACCAAUUUUUUACGAAAUUCACUGUGCAAAUAUGAGGGCCGUGAUCCGAUCGUUUGCUGUCCGAACGAUCCAAACAAAAAGAAGAGAGGAAUUUUAAUAAAAACUGUGUAUAAGUAUGGACCCUUACGUCCACCAUACUGUGGUUUUAGCAACGUCGCGCAUACCAGAGUGGUUAAUGGUAAACCAGCUAAGCUUGGUGCUUGGCCAUGGAUAGUUGCAUUAGGUUUUCGUAAUCCCCUGAACCCAGAUGCCGAACCUGAAUGGAAGUGCGGAGGUUCCCUGAUAUCGGCUAGGCAUGUUUUGACCGCAGCACAUUGUGCAAUACGCAGUGAUUUGUACGUGGUUCGUAUCGGGGACUUAAAUCUAAAACGAGAUGACGACGGAGCUCAUCCUAUUCAAAUGGGAUUCGAAUCUAAACUAAUACAUCCUGAUUAUAUUCCCAAUAUACACAAUCAUGAUAUUGCCAUUCUUAGAUUGGUGGAGGAGGUGCCAUUUUCGAAGUACAUACAUCCCAUUUGUCUCCCCAUAGAGGAGUCUCUGCGAAAUAACAACUUCGCGGGCUAUAACCCCCUUGUUGCUGGAUGGGGAGCAUUAAAAUUUAAAGGACCAGCAAGUGAUGUAUUAAUGGAAGUACAAGUGCCAGUGGUUAGGAACGCCGAAUGCAAAAGAGCUUAUUCCAAAUUUCCUAAUGCACCUAUCACUGAUGGUAUAAUAUGCGCAGGAUAUGCUCAGGGUGGAAAGGAUGCUUGUACGGGUGACAGCGGCGGGCCACUGAUGAUACGACAGCAAUUAACCUUUUACCUAAUAGGCGCUGUGUCUUAUGGUCAUGCGUGCGCUGUAGCUGGAUAUCCUGGUAUUUACACUAGGAUCACGUCGUACCUUGACAGCUUCAUUCUCCCAGCGUUGCAAUAAUACGAUUAUUACUGUUCCAUAAAUAUCACUUUUCGUAAAUGAAAAGUAAAGUUGGAUUUUCUUAUUGUGGAGAUAAGAGACAGGUCAAAUUUAAAUUGUUUUAUACGGCACAAAUUAAAGCCUUAAAAUGCACGAAAUGUAACUUUGAAACGACACUAAUUUUUUACGCACGGUAAAUCUCCACGACUUAGGUAUGUAAAGAUGAUAAACGAACAUUAAUUAAAUUUCUACUAAUCAUAUUUAUACUAAUUUUGAUAAUAAUAAACCAACUCUCUGAAAGUUUCUAUAAAUUUUUUUUGAUGUAUCAAGAGCCUGAUUAAAUAUUCCACGUAGAACGUAUACUACUUGUAUGUACAUACCAAAUUUCGGAUUAAUCUAAAACACUUCAUAAGAUAGAGAGCUUCUGGAAGUUUGGACACAGAGGGUGCAUAAAACACAAGAAAAGUCUCACGUCUUCCAAAACUAUUUUUUAUUCGCUGAAAACGUCCUGUGUACUCAUGCAAUCCCGUGCAUCCUCCAAGUUUUUAUCACUUUCCAGUUAAAUAUUCUCUUUCUGUAUUUUUAGUUAGAUGUAAGAGAACUUUCCAUUCA